AUGGCCAUUGUUAUCAACGUGUGGAAAGAGUCUAACCCCACACACACUGACCCCACACACCGUGACCCCACACACCCUGACCCCACAUGUCGUGACCCCACACACUGUGACCCCACACGCCGUGACCCCACACAGCCUGACCCCACACACCCUGACCCCACACACCCUGACCCCACACACCCUGACCCCAUACACCCUGACCCCACACAUCCUGACCCCAUACACCCUGACCCCACACACCCUGACCCCACACACCCUGACCCUACACACCCAGACCCCACACACACUGACCCCACACACCGUGACCCCACACACCCUGACCCCACAUGUCGUGACCCCACACACUGUGACCCCACACGCCGUGACCCCACACACCCUGACCCCACACGCUGUGACCCCAAACGUCGUGACCCCACACACCGUGACCCCACACACCGUGACCCCACACGCCGUGACCCCACACGCCGUGACCCCACACGCCGUGACCCUACACACCAUGACCCCACACGCCGUGACCCCACAUACCCUGACCCCACACGCUGUGACCCCAAACGUCGUGACCCCACACACCCUGACCCCACACGCUGUGACCCCAAACGUCGUGACCCCACACACCGUGACCCCACACACCCUGACCCCACACGCUGUGACCCCAAACGCCGUGACCCCACACACCGUGACCCCACACACCGUGACCCCACACACCCUGACCCCACACACCCUGACCCCACACACUGUGACCCCACACACCCUGACCCCACACACCGUGACCCUACACACCGUGACCCUACACACCCUGACCCUACACACCGUGACCCUACACACCGUGACCCUACACACCCUGACCCUACACACCGUGACUCCACACGCCGUGACCCCACACACCCUGACCCCACACGCUGUGACCCCAAACGUUGUGACCCCACACACCGUGACCCCACACGUCGUGACCCCACACACCGUGACCCUACACACCGUGACACCACACACCGUGACCCCACACACCGUGACCCCACACGCCGUGACCCCACACACCCUGACCCCACACACCAGUCUAUUGUGGUGCCGUUCGCUGCAGGUACCCAUUACCAUGAUGACUAUAGUGCAGCACCAACAGACCCACUGACCGGCAGACCCACUGACCGGCAGACCCACCAGCCUGGAGACCCACCAACCUGGAGACCCACCAGCCUGGAGACCCACCAACCUGGAGACCCACCAACCUGGAGACCCACCAGCCUGGAGACCCACCAGCCUGGAGACCCACCAACCUGGAGACCUACCAACCUGGAGACCCACCAACCUGGAGACCCACCAGCCUGGAGACCCACCAACCUGGAGACCCACCAACCUGGAGACCCACCAGCCUGGAGACCCACCAGCCUGGAGACCCACCAACCUGGAGACCCACCAACCUGGAGACCCACCAACCUGGAGACCCACCAACCUGGAGACCCACCAACCUGGAGACCCACCAGCCUGGAGACCCACCAACCUGGAGACCCACCAACCUGGAGACCCACCAGCCUGGAGACCCACCAACCUGGAGACCCACCAACCUGGAGACCCACCAGCCUGGAGACCCACCAGCCUGGAGACCCAUCAGCCUGGAGACCCACCAGCCUGGAGACCCACCAACCUGGAGACCCACCAACCUGGAGACCCACCAACCUGGAGACCCACCAGCCUGGAGACCCACCAGCCUGGAGACCCACCAGCCUGGAGACCCACCAAGCUGGAGACCCACCAACCUGGAGACCCACCAACCUGGAGACCCACCAACCUGGAGACCGCUAG